GAUAAGCUUAUUUACCAUAUUCUUCCUUACUUCCCUUCUAUGUAAACAUUAUGCAAACACUUAUUCUAUUUACAGCUUAUGAAAGCAGCCUGAUUACUAAAUUUUCAAAGCAUAUCUUUAUAAACUAGUAAAAGAACUUCUUUUUAGGCUACACAAAGUUUUGUUGAAAAAAAGAGGUCCCAAAAAAAAAAAAGUUAAUUCUACUUUUCUUUUUUUCCCAUAUUUUAUUUGUUGAAAAUGGCUACUGAAGCACCCAAGACUACACCUAUCACUGUUUCUGAACUUAGUAAAUACGACGGUUCUGACCCUUCUCUGCCUAUAUACGUUGCUAUCAAAGGGGAUGUUUUCGACGUAUCCAAGAACAUUACUUCUUAUGGCCCUGGUGCCGGUUAUAAUGUCUUUGCCGGAAAAGAUUCGUCAAAGGCCCUUGGAAAGUCUUCUUUGAAACCCGAGGACUGUGUUGCCGACUACAGCGAUCUAACAGAGAAAGAACUUGAGACCUUGGACCAGUGGCAUAAUUUCUUUUCUAAAAGAUAUAACAUUGUAGGAAAAGUAGUCCCUGACCAUCAAUAAACACGCGUAUAUAUGUAUAUUAAAAAAGAUUGAGGAAUAAGUGGUACCUGUGAUGCUUUGGAAACGUGAAUCAUCAUGAACCAUUAAAGUUCCGCUUCUAGACCAACAUGACUGAGCAGGAGUGG